UUGCUUUGCUUCCUAAUGAUCAUCGACACAAUAUUUAAGUCCAGCUCGCCGUUGCUGCCAACACAGAGCGUCGAGUCUGCGGUGGAAGAGGGACCUCUGCUUCUCGUCUGUGAAAUGGCCUCGUUCGCACUGCGCUCGUGUUUUGUUUUGGCUGCGCUGCUGAUGACAAGUUUUGUGUGUGGAACGGGCGUCAUUAAAGUAAAGCCUGGCCAAUGCCCCGGGCUCAAAGCCUCGAACACACCUGGCCAUGACAACCCUUGUACUUACGACUUCGACUGUCCACUCACCCUGAAGUGCUGUCCCUUCGGAGCACCUGAAGCCAUGGCUAGAAUAUGUGCAGAGCCAUUUUUUGGCCCCUUCCACUGAUUGGCAACAGCCUCAAUUUAAACACAUGGCUUGUUGAUAGCUCCGCCGAAACAUAGAUAAGGUUAAGUAUGCAGGUGCACACAUUAAAUUGGUAAAAUUAAACAUUAUUAAAAUGUUAUUGAUUCAUAAUUAGUAGACUGUUUACUCUAAAACUCAUAUUGUUUUUGUGUUCUUCAGAGCAUUAUAGAAAAUUAUCUUUAAAAAACAAAAAACAGUUAUCAUGAUGAUUUACAAUGUAAACAAAUAAAUUUAAGGUUUAGCAUUUGCUAAUUCUGUCCUUUGCUAUAGCAACGAAAAUGUUAUUUCUAUUGGAAAAUGAAUAUAACUAAACGGUCAGAA